UCAUUUAUAUUUGUUUAUUUUUUAUUUAUCUUUUUUAUACUAGUAGGUGACGUAAAUUGCAAUUUACUUUAGCUAUCUAAUAUACAUAUACGAUGUGAAUUAUCAUCAUUGUUUAAUUGCUCAUGACGAUAAGUCAAUAUAAAGUGUGACACGAAAUUAAAAGAGUGUCAAAGACAGAUCAUCUAGUAACUUGAAGUACAAUUAACAAUGGACAUUAUUGAAACCAGAACUGUUGUGGUGACUGGUUUUGGACCAUUUGGUAAACAUUCUGUAAAUGCUAGUUGGGAAGCAGUUAAUGAACUUGCUAAAACAUCAAAUGAAAAAUUGAAAACAAAUUUUAAUGUUCAAUUAAUAACCGAAGAAAUUCCUGUUAUUUACGAUCACGUAAAUGAUCGAAUUCCUCAAAUUUGGAAGGAAUACGAUCCUCUCUUUCUUAUUCAUGUUGGUGUCUCUCAUAUGGCUUCAUGUAUAACAAUUGAAACUGCAGCACACAGCUCUGGGUAUACUCGUGAAGAUAUUACACAAAAAUAUCCAAUUGAAUGUCAUGAUAGUGUAUGUAAAUUAAUAGAAACUGGAAUAGAUGUGAAUAAAAUGUGUAUAGAAUUAAAUAAAAGUGGAAUAUGUGCAGCUUGCGUUUCAAAAAAUGCUGGACGAUAUUUGUGCGAGUAUACUUACUAUCAAUCACUUAACAUUCAGCCAAAACGAACGUUAUUUAUUCACGUUCCAGAUCGGAUGGUUUAUCCAUGUACAGUAACUGCCCAAGCAUUGUAUUUUAUAAUAACUUAUUUGUUAAAAAAUUACAUCAACAAAUAAAUAAAAAAAUAAUAUAUUUUAGAAAA